UUCUUUCUUGCGCUGAAUUCAACCGAGUCCAAUACUUUUCUCCAUUCUCAAGCUUUUAUUUCAGUUUCUCUCACACACACACUAUCUAGUCUCUCUGUUUCAAUUACCAAGAAAAUAAAGAAACGGAUGGUUGUUGUUUCAAGAGCGUGGAGCUGCAACGUUUCGAUUCGUUUGGUUAUGGUUCCUUCUUCGAUCGGCGAUUAAUCUCUCACUCUCACUCGUUCCAAUUCCAAUGGCUUUCAACUCUUCGCUUCGUCUUCCUUCCUCUUCUCAAUAUUACUCACACUUUUGCUCUGUUAGGUUCAAAUACAGCAAGCUUCACAAUGUUCAUAGCCAAAUAGAUUUGGUGACAACCAAAAAGAGAAAAUGUUGUAUUAAGUCAAUACUGAAUGAUAAUAGGCCAAGCAUCAACGACUAUGGAGCUGCUAAAUCUGCAAGGCUGCUCCUUGAAAAGCUGUUUGAGCAAGCACAGAAGCUGGAACAUCAGAUGGCAACUGGGGCCACAGGCGAGUCUUAUGAUGGUGAAGAUGCUCAGCUAGCUUACAAUCUUAGCAUGCUUGAGUCGGAUCUUCAGGCUGCACUCAGGGAAUUGAUAAAGAAGGAAGAGCAUCUGAUGGAGGUAGAGAGGACGGUUAUUUUGGAGAGCACUGAGUUGAAGCACACAAAGGAAGAGUUGGAGCAACAGGAGAGGGAAAUUGCGGCUGCUCGCACCAAGUAUGAGAAGCUGGAAGAGGAGAUGAAGGAAGCUAAGACUAACUUGGUUUCUCAAGCAGGUCAGAUGGAGGUACUGAAGCUCCUUCUCAGGGAGCGUGAUCAAGAGGUUGCUACCAUGAAGAGGGCACUGUCCUUGAAGGAGGCAGAAGUGGAGCAAAUGAAGAUUGACGUGGUGAAGAAGAGUGAAGAAGCAGCACUUAUUGAUGCUGAGCUUAAACAGAAAGCUCAACUUUUGAUUGAAACAAAUGAGGUUAUGAACAAACAAAAAAUUGAGCUUCAAGAACUCCAGAAGGCUGUCCAUGUAAAAGAACAGGAACUUGAGGUUUCGCUGACUCAGAGGAAGUUCGAAGAAGAAAAACUGAAGUCUGCUGAGGCUACCUUGGAGCAGCAGGCAAUGGAAUGGUUGUUGGCACAGGAGGAACUUAAGCGGUUGGGAGAGGAUGCUUCUAGACACGUGCAGGAGAGUAAUGAGACUCUGGAAGAUUUCAGAAGGGUGAAGAAGCUUCUCAGUGAUGUGAGGUCUGAAUUGGUUUCUUCUCAGCAAUCACUCGCAUCUUCUAGAGGCAAAAUGGAGGAACAAGAGCGGUUGUUGGAGCAGCAGCUGUCUGAACUUGCUGAGCAAAGGGAAAAUGUCAUGUCAUACAUGGCAAGUUUGAACGAUGCUCAAGUAGAAGUGGAAGGUGAGCGAGCGAAACUUAGGAUUGCAGAGGCCCGGAACAGAGAACUCGAACAGGAUUUAACUAUGGAAAAGGAGCUUGUGGUGAAGUUACUAGGGGAGCUGAGGAAAGAGGGAACAACUUUGAAGCAGGCAGUUAGAGAAGUUUCUUUCCUUCAACAAGAAUUAGAGAAAAAAAGUACUGAGUUUAAUGAAACAAGUGCCAUUCUUCAUGCUAAAGAAACGGAGCUCGUUGAUGCUAAGAUGGAAAUCCAGCAUUUCAAAUCUGAAAAGGCUUCUCUUCAGGCUAUCUUGGAGGAGAAAGACUUGGAACUUUCUAAAGCUAGGAAGACGUUGGCAGAAGUAAACAAUGAAAUCUCUGAUCUCAAGCUGCUCUUGAGGGACAAAGAAGCACAACUUAUUGAAGCAACCUGUUCGCUGAAGGAGAAAGAUGAGCGUGUUAAAGCGGUCGAGAACAUAUUAAAAGACACAAACCUGAAAGCUUCCCAGGCUGAAGCUGUAUUAGAAAAAAUCUUAGAUGUUACAAACAAACUGGUUGCUUCCAUAAAGGAUGAAGAUAUUAACUCAUCAAGAGCACUACAUGAAGAGGGCAGUGAACUACUUGAGCAACUAAUCAAGGAACCGGAUAAUGAAGUGAGGUGGCAGCAAAAACGGCUUGAGAGUGAGCUUCAGUUAACCAAAGACAACUUAAAAGCAAAGGAGAUGGAGGUUCUGGCCGCACACAGGGCUCUAACAAUAAAAGAUGAGGAGCUCAAAAUGACACUUGCAAGGUUGGAUGCAAAGGAGGAAGAGUUAAAGAAAGUAAGGGAAAAGUUAACCGAAGACACAAAUGAUCUCAAAAGGCGGUAUGCCUUGACGCAGGAGAAAAUUGGUGAGAACAGCAUGGAAGAUUUGGCAGUUGAGAGACUUCAGCUGGAAGCAGCUCAGUCGGAAGUUGAAGCUGCCACUAGCGCUUUACAUAAACUCGCAGAAAUGAGACGACAACUAUUGACCAAGGCUAUCGGUAUUUACCAAAACCCUGAUUCGAUGACCGACUUGAACAACGCCUGUUUUGCUGAGGUAAAAGAAGGAAUUGCUAGACUUUCAGCUAUGACUGAUCAACUUGUGAGGGAGGUAGGUAUUGUUUCUGCAAAAUAGAAAGAGGUAAUGAAAGAAUAUGAAGGAGGUUAAGGAGUACUUUUGUAUAUUGUUUUGCCUUUGUGGCCCAAAAAGCCAUGCCAAGGUUGACUUUUUCUCUUUGGUGGAUCAUACUGUAUUCACUUGUUUUGCCCGUAAUAUGUACAGAUAUCAAAUAUGUUUGCUGUUAGUUGUGGAGGUGGAAGCUUA